AAUGAGGCCUCUGGUCUGUAAACUGUUUCUUCCUGGAUACAGUAAGAGUGAAAUAAAUGUUCUGAUUGGUUCUAGUCUAGGUAAUGCAUGUUUAGCAGUAGUAUCUGUAGAUGAGACUAAAGUAAACGAGAGGCGGGACCAGCACUGGAGUUGUCAGUGCCUUAUUCUCGGCAGAGUUCUCCCACACGCUCACGAACUGAGAGAUGAACCUCUCUGUGGCUAUUGUUGUUCUCACUGCGGUCGUCUGCACUUCGGCAGAAAUUCCUCAUGAGACCGUCUAUGUGCUGGGGUGUCUUGAGAAGACAAAGGUGAAGGCGGAGGCAGAGCUUCAGCUGGAUGGGGAGGAAGUGGUAUAUGCUGACUUCCAGAGUGGACAGGAAGUUUGGACAUUGCCUGAGUUCCUGGGGCCAUUCUCAAGCUCCACUGUUCGUAACUUCUACAAGAAUGCCGUUAAAGGCAGACGAUUGUGUCGGGAUGCCUUGGCUCUUUGGAUAUUUGAAGAAAAGAGUCCACCUGAGGUAAAAGAUGCCCCUGAGAGCACCAUCUACCCCAGGGCUGAGGAGGAGCUGGGGGUGGAGAACACCCUUAUCUGCUUUGCCAAUCAUUUCUACCCCCCGCCUGUCAAAGUCAACUGGACCAAGAAUGGCCUGGAGGUGACUGAGGGAACGUCUCUCAGUCGGUACUAUCCUAAUGAAGAUGGAACGUUCCACCAGUUCUCCAGCCUGAGUUUCACUCCACAGGAGGGGGACGUCUAUGGCUGCACUGUGAAGCACACAGCCUUGGAGGACCCCAAAACCAGGUUCUGGGAGUAUGAGGUACGUGAGGUGAGUGGGUCCAGUGCUGGUCCUGCUGUAUUCUGUGGAGUGGGCCUGACUCUGGGACUGUUGGGAGUGGCUACCGGAACAUUCCUGUACGUCAAAGGACAACAGUUCAACUGAAUUGUGACAUAAAUGUAAAAAAUCCUCUUGCAGUUUUAGGUAAACAAUGGGACAAAGAAUUAGUGGCGUACCGCAGUUUCAUCUUUUUUUGAGGGGGGGAAACCGCUAACUUUGUACAAUUUUACACAUUUUGCCAUGAGGCUGAGAGAAAAUGUUGAAGUUUAGCAGCUAAUUUCCUGUCAUUUUAAACAUUUUUGCCAUGGCUUAUGACAUGUUCAUAUGUUAUCUGGGUAGGGGGGGCCUGACCACCUUUUCUUUUUGGGGGGUGCAGGGGGGUGUGUGGUACACCAGUGCAAAUAAUAUUAACUACUCUAACUGUUCAAAUGUUUUCCUGUCAAUAAAAUAUGAAAUAUU